AUGGAAGAUACCCGUGAAAACCUCCACCCCGAAGGCCGGCCAGUAGGCCGACGAACUGUUCUUCCUCCCACUCCAGUGAAAGGGGAUGAGAUGAUCGUACCUGGGCCGUGGGCCAUCCAUAUCCACAAACUACCCUUUAGAGUGGCCAGACAAGGUGAUAUUCUACAGGGGAGAUACCUAGACGCUUUCAGUGCAAUGCCCAAUCAGCGAGAGCCAUGCUUGCGAUAUGGAAUCGAUUGGACGGCUCAGGAGUUCCAGCAACAGAUGAACGACAGCCUGCCCCGUGUGGAAGCGGCAUUGAUGCAGGUGGUGGGUCAGCAAAAUGAGCUAGAGUUUCGCAGCAUUGAUGGCCUUUCAGCCUGCGCCAACUGCCAUUGGACAGAAAGCGACACCCUUUGCCAAUACACGCAGGCCAUUCCGACUCUUGAUCCCCUCACACCUGCACGCAAUCAUAUGAACCCUCGCCAAGUUUCCCUUUCCGCAAGCACUCCUCGAGAUACUAGCAGAAACCCCUUCUACCCUCUCUUGCCCAGUACCGGCGCAACCAGUCGACCCAUUGCUCCACCAGCCCAGCCCCAUGGACUCAUCAAGUACGCGAGCGAGCAAGUCUGGCUUUUAAACGAGUAUUCAAAGCUCGUAAGGCAGCUGACGGGGCUCCAUGAUAAAAGCCAAUGCCUUGGAGCUCAGCUGGAGGGACUUGAACAUGAUCUGACUGCCGCCAAUACUACAACUACCACUACCACAACGGAGCAACCAAUUCAGCAAACCGUCAAUGAUGUUCGCGCGUCUCACCAGGAACUUGAGCAGAAAAUCAGACGCAUCAUGAUGCAUGUCAUAAAUAUGAUGGAGCCUACCCCACGGGGGCCCACCUGA